CUCCUGGCUCCAGCCAGGAGAGGGUGCCCGAACCCGCGCUGCUGCAGCCGCCACCAAGGGCUUUUCCGCAGACUAGUGCAUCGCGGCCCUGGCAACCCAACCCUCCCCGACUCAGAGGCCACAUCAACCAACCUCCACGUCCUGAUGGGUCCCGAGGGGGGCGCGGCGAGGCCCGGGUGCUUCUUCGGCGUCUACCUGCUCUAUUGCCUGAACCCUCGGCACCGGGGCCGCGUCUACGUGGGGUUCACCGUCAAUCCGGCUCGUCGGGUGCAGCAGCACAACGGAGGCCGCAGAAAAGGCGGGGCCUGGCGGACCAGCGGGCGCGGGCCCUGGGAGAUGGUGCUCAUAGUGCACGGCUUCCCUUCCGCCGUGGCCGCCCUUCGGGUAAGGAAGGAGACGGGGUGGCAGGAAGAUGGGCUGGGGCGCGGGACCCCCCCGGGGCGGCCCUGAAGCCCUCCCUCCCGCCCGCAGUGCCACCCCCGCCUCACGUGCCGGUAGCCUUCGGGCCUCCGCCACCCCGGAUGCUGGCCCCCAAGCGUGCGGCCCGUCCCUUUGCUGACACCGAGCCCGAGCCGGACCAGGACGCGGAGGCCCCCUGCACCCUGUGCGCACGCGCUCUUCAGGUGAGAGGCUCUCCUGGGCCCCAGAUUGGGGCAGGUCUGGAGUUCAGACGACUGAGGACCAGGCUGUCUUCUGGAGGAUGGCGCGGCCCAGCGACAGCCUUGCCCGCCUUGCUUCCAUCUCUACAAUGGGGACCAUAGAACUUGCGGCCAUUCCUGCCCCGGACCUUUGCCUUUCUUUCCCUGGAAAGUUCUUCCCUAGACCUUCGGUCUUGAUGAAAUGCCACCUCUUUUCCAUGAGGUCUUCCUUGGCUCUCUCUCUCAAAUUGCAACUUUCUUGGUACUGC